UGCCACGUCUGAAAAGAAGAAGAGCAGCAAGAUGGUGGACGCCCCCGCAGACUUUCGUCGUUCCUCUGUAGCACCGGUGGAUGACAACCCCGCAGAUUUUCGUCGUGCCUCCGUAGCGCCGGUGGAUGACGACCCCGCAGACGUUCGUCGUGCCUCCGUAGCGCCGCUGGACGCUGCAACGCCUGUGGCCGCCGCUGCGCCAGCGCACAUUCCACCAGCGCACAUUCCACCGGCCAAGGUCUACGUGGAAGACGAGGGCGAGGUCGAGGAGCUCUUCCGACCACCGCCUCCAGCACAGCGUCCCCAGGGCGUCAACCCACUGGUGAUACUGACCAUGGCAUUGCUGUCCGUCGUUGGCACGCUAGCGCUGAUUAUAUACACGCUCAACCAAAACUUCGAAGCAACCGAGUCACCGUCGAGAGCGACUCAGCUGACCCCGAAACAGACAGCUGUGUAUGUGGACCACAACGUCACAAUUUCGCAAGGGCAACUCCACAGCGAUUACGGUGGCGCGGGGAUCGACACACCGGAUGCCGGCGAGCAGAACAGUGGGGGCUCUGCCAGCACCGACGACUACAGCAGCUGAAACCAAUUGAAUCGAACUUGGGUUCCACAUGCCCUCACCUACUUGAUGACGCCCAUUUGUGUUACCGAGGCUGGCUCGUGUAACAGAGCUAUUCGCGCGCGACCGCUCUGUAGAGCAGCAUUACGUGCGUACCAAUAAUUAUUGUUCUUUCUCCA